AUGGAUGAAAUUUUUCGACUUGCAUUUGCAACCAUAAUGGCAUUGGUUUCGAGUAUCGGACUUUGUAUCAACACUUACGUGUUGCGGGCUCUCAUUAAAAAGGAAGGACAAUUGAGCAUAUUCUACAAAUUAUGCAUCUCAAAGUCCAUAUGCAAUCUGAUCACUUGCUUCACGUUUUUGGUCUGGUCAACGCCUUGCACCUUUUUAAAUUUCUAUUACCUCCCCUACUGGGCAAAUGUAUUCUGGGGACAAGUUGCUGGAUGGGGAGCAUAUAUUACGGGAAUCUUCAUUCAAAUCUGUCUAUCUUUAAAUCGUCUUACUGUCACUUAUUUCCCAUUUUCAUCAAAUGGAAGUAACAAUCUUCUGAACAUGAACAACUGUUUGAUUUGCCUGACGAUUAUAUUUGGUUUAUCCACGAUUUAUGGCUUUCCAGAAGGUUGCGGCUACGUUUAAUUUAUUGAACUUCUUUCCUGGGCCCCAAAGAAUUCACAAUGUGCACUGAACCAUGCGGAUCAAAAUUUCAUCUUUAUUUUGACAAUGGCUAUUGUUUCCAAUUUAUCCAACCUGGCGACAUUCAUUAAACUAAUGGGUCUUACUUAUCAGCAAGCAAUGUUCAUAACACGAAGUGAGAAUCUUUCCAAAAAAGGCCGUUUGAUGUUUGCACAGAGCGUCACUCAGGAUUGCUUGCACAUGAUCGACAUGCUCGCAUGCCAAGUCAUUUACAAGUUCAACGACGCUCUCUGGUUCCAGUUCAUUUGCAUGUCCGGCGUUUGGCUCACAAUUCAUGUUUUUGACGGAUUCGUAAUGAUGAUCUACAACCGAGACAUUCACCCUUCAUUCUUCAGACGAAAAUCUAAAAUCAGACCCGUAACCAAUGUAUCUUCAAUUAAAAUUAUCUGA